CUGCUGAAAGCAGGGAGAGGAGGAAGGCUGGCUCAUUUAACAGACGAAUUUCAAUUGACAUUUCUAAAUUGCGCUGCUAGACUCAAGGCUGGCUCCGACUUGAGAGAGUGCAGUGAAGCAGUCGGAGUCUUCUUUCCGCAACGAUGUCUGAGUUUGUUUUAGCCUUUUUAACCAUAUCGGGAUUAUUUACAAUUGCUAAGGUGCAGGCAACAGUGGGAGCAGAUCAAGAACACCUGUUGUGUGAUGUGGGUGAAUUUCUUUGCCACGAUCAAUUGACUUGUAUUUCUGAGCACUGGCUAUGUGAUGGAGAACCUGACUGUCCAGACAGUGCCGAUGAAUCGCUGGACAGAUGUCCUGGAGAUGUAGUGGUGAAAUGCCCUCUCAAUCACAUGCUGUGUAUUGGUACAAGGAAGUGCAUUCAUUAUAACAAAGUUUGCAAUGGAGUUCUGGACUGUGAUGAUGGAUAUGAUGAAGGAGUGCAUUGCAGAGAACUCUUACCAAAUUGCCAUCGACUGCGAUGCCAACAUGGAUGUGUAAUGACGAGGAAUGGGACUUUUUGCUACUGUGGAGAUGGGUUUGAGGUCGGAGAAGAUGGACGGAGCUGCACAGAUUAUGAUGAAUGCACUGUGUAUGGGAUCUGCAGCCAAACCUGUACAAACAGCUAUGGGUCCUAUGAAUGCAGCUGUACAGAUGGCUAUCUCUUGCAGCUGGACAGAAAGUCAUGCAAAGCUAAAAUCGAACCCAAUGACAGACCUCCUGUGCUCUUAAUUGCUAAUUCAGAAAAUAUUGCCAUAGCAUCACUUACUGGAAACACUGUGCCAGACUUAAGACCUGUUAUCACCAAUGGAACUGUAACACUGGACUUCAGUUACAGCAAGGAAUCAAUUUGCUGGGUUACAACUCCAGAAUAUAACAGUCAGUUGAGAUGUGCCAAGAUGACAAAGUUGAAAGGUAUCUCAGAAGAACAAGGAAUAAGAAUGGGACAAAACCUACAAAAUGUGGAACAAAUGGCCAUAGAUUGGCUAAGUGGUAAUUUAUACUUUGUGGAUCGGAUCAGUGAUCGGAUAUUUGUAUGCACUCAAAAUGAAGACACUUGUGUCACUGUCGUUGACCUUGACCUUCAUAACCCGAAAGGAAUUGCUCUUGAUCCACUCAUGGGGAAGCUUUUCUUUACGGACUAUGGAAACAUCGCUAAAGUGGAGCGAUGCAACAUGGAUGGCACAAACAGAACGGGGAUAGUGGGUUAUAAAACCGAACAGCCUACCGCCAUCACUCUGGACUUGGUGAAGAAACUGGUAUACUGGGCAGAUGUUUAUUUGGACUAUAUUGAGGUGGUAGAUUAUAAUGGCAAAAACAGACAUACUGUCAUUCAAGGAAGGCAGGUGGCUUAUCUGUAUGGGUUAACACUUUUUGAGGAUUUCUUGUAUGCAACACGUUUGGAGCCCACUAAAGGAAAUAAAGUGGACAUUUUAAGGAUAAACCGGUUCAAUAGCACUGAUGUCCAAACUCUAACCAGCAUGGAAAACUCUAGAGUAAUACAUGUCUACCACAAGCUGACACAACCAGCAGUCAGGAGUCAUGCUUGUGAGGUGAGCCCUUCUGGGAAGCCAGGCGGAUGUUCACAUAUCUGCCUCCUUAGUGGCAGCUACAAAUCCAGGACCUGCCGCUGCAGGACUGGCUUCGCCCUGGGAAGUGAUGGCAAGUCGUGCAAAAAACCCAAGAAUGAGAUGUUCCUUUUUUAUGGAAAGGGGAGACCAGGCAUUAUUCGGGGAAUGGGUCUGAAUACCAAAGCUGGAGAUGAGCACAUGAUUCAGAUAGAGGAUCUUGUUAAUCCACGGGCUCUCGACUUCCAUGCUGAAACAAAUUACAUUUACUUUGCUGACACAACCAGCUUUCUAAUUGGAAGACAGAAGAUCGAUGGAACGGGACGAGAAACAAUACUAAAAGAUGACCUUGAUAACGUGGAAGGGGUGUCAGUGGACUGGAUUGGAAACAACCUGUAUUGGACAAAUGAUGGCUAUAGAAAAACCAUCAGUGUUGCCCGACUGGAGAAGGCAUCCCAGACCAGGAAAACUCUUUUAGAAGGAGACAUGUCUCACCCCAGAGGCAUUGUGGUAGACCCAGUAAAUGGUUGGAUGUACUGGACUGACUGGGAAGAAGAUGAGGUUAAUGACAGUAUUGGGAGGAUUGAGAAGGCAUGGAUGGAUGGCUCCAAUCGACAAAUAUUUGUGACUUCAAACAUGCUUUGGCCAAAUGGUUUAACUCUUGAUUAUGGAACCAAUACAAUGUACUGGUGUGAUGCCUACUAUGAUCACAUUGAGAAAAUCUUCCUCAAUGGCACAGGCAGAAUGGUGGUGUACAAUGGGAAAGAAUUAAACCAUCCAUUUGGGAUUUCUCAUUAUCAGAAUUACAUUUUUUGGACUGACUACAUGAAUGGUUCUGUUUUCCAAUUAAACUUGCUGUCUGGAAAUGUUACUCUUCUGAGAAGUGAAAAGCCUCCACUCUUUGGACUUCAGGUUUAUGACGCUCAAAGUCAAAAAGGGGACAAUGCUUGCCGUGUUAACUAUGGAGGAUGCAGCACCCUGUGUCUGGCUAUUCCUGGCGGUAGAGUCUGCGCUUGUGCUGACAACCAGCACCUGGAGAGAAACAAUGUCACCUGCUCAAUGACUUCAGGGGACCUGGUGCCUCAGCUGUGUAAAAGUGAUGAAUUUCAAUGUCAAAACAAGAGAUGUAUUCAUGCCAGCUGGAAGUGCGAUGGAGAUGAUGACUGCUUGGAUAGCAGUGAUGAAGACAUGGCCACUUGCUAUAAUCAUAGCUGUCCUGCUGACCAGUUUAAGUGCCUGAAUAACCGCUGCAUUCCUAAAAAAUGGUUAUGCGACGGAACCAAUGACUGUGGGAAUAAUGAAGAUGAGUCCAACGUUACAUGUUCAGCUCAGACUUGCCAGCCUGGCCAGUUUGCCUGUCGUAACGGACGCUGUAUCCCAGUCUCCUGGCUCUGUGAUCGAGAUGAUGACUGUGGAGACCAGUCCGAUGAAGCUCCUUCGUGUGCUUUUCCUACCUGUGAAGCCCUGACACAGUUUGGCUGUGCCAAUGGAAGGUGCAUCAGCAUGAAAUGGCACUGUGAUUCAGAUGAUGACUGUGGCGAUGGCAGCGAUGAGAUUGGGUGUGCCCACUCCUGCUCAGAUGUCCAGUUCCACUGUUCCAGUGGGAGGUGUAUACCAGAUCACUGGGCCUGUGAUGGUGACAAUGAUUGUGGUGACUUUAGUGAUGAGACUAAUGCUACGUGCACAGUAGCAGGCAUGCAUCCCCUCAGCGACUGCAGCAGCGAGGAGUUCCACUGUCAGGGCGAUGGGACGUGCAUUCCUGAGCGCUGGCGAUGUGACGGGGACAAAGAUUGUGAAGACGGCAGUGAUGAGCAGAGCUGUGGGGCCACCAGGAGGAUGUGUGACCCAAAAUCCAAGUUCACCUGCAAGGUCUCGGGAAAGUGCAUCAGUAAGAACUGGGUGUGUGAUGGAGACAAUGACUGUGAAGACCUCUCGGAUGAGGAGAACUGUGAGAAUUCCAUCUGUAAGCCUCCGAAGUAUCCUUGUGCUAAUGACAGCUCCACAUGCCUGCUGCCUGAGAGAAUCUGCAACAGGAAGAUUGACUGCUCUGAUCAGUCUGAUGAGGGACCUUUUUGUGAUGAAUGCUCUCUUGACAAUGGUGGCUGCAGUCAUCAGUGUGCCAUGGCUCCAGGGAAGGGGAUCGUUUGUUCUUGCCCUGCGGGACUCCAUCUCAACCCAGACAACAAAACCUGUGAUGUGGUGGAUUACUGUACCAAGCACCUCAAGUGCAGCCAAGUGUGCGAGCAGUACAAAACCACUGUCAAGUGUUCCUGCUAUGAUGGCUGGAGCCUCAGUCCUGACGGGGAGAGCUGCUACAGCACUGAUCCUUUUGAAGCUUUUAUUAUUUUUUCCAUCCGCCAUGAGAUCAGACGGAUAGAUCUUCACAAGAGAGACUACAGCCUGCUAGUUCCAGGUUUAAGGAAUACCAUAGCUCUUGACUUCCACUUUAAUCAGAGCUUACUUUACUGGACUGAUGUUGUCGAAGAUAAAAUUUAUAGAGGGAAGCUCUCUGAUACUGGAGGUGUGACCGGAAUCGAAGUGGUGGUGAAGCAUGGCUUGGCGACCCCAGAGGGCUUGGCUGUGGACUGGAUUGCAGGAAACUUUUACUGGAUCGACAGUAAUCUGGAUCAGAUUGAAGUGGCGAAGCUGGAUGGAAGCAUGCGGACAACAUUAAUUGCCGGGGGAAUGGAGCACCCGAGAGCAAUAGCCUUGGACCCUGGCCAUGGAAUUCUUUUCUGGACGGACUGGGAUGCCACAUUCCCACGAAUCGAAGCAGCCUCAAUGAGCGGCGUUGGACGGCGGAUUGUUUUUAAAGAUAUGGAAAUGGGAGCAUGGCCAAAUGGACUUACCUUAGACCACCUUGAAAAGAGAAUAGUGUGGACAGAUGCUCGGUCCGAUGCCAUUUAUUCCGCCCAGUACGAUGGCAGUGACAUUCUAGAGAUCCUGAGAGGGCACGAGUACCUAUCACACCCCUUUGCUGUGUCCCUCUUUGGAGGCAAUGUGUACUGGACUGACUGGAGGACCAACACUCUGGCAAAGGCCAACAAGUGGACUGGCCACAAUGUGACAGUGAUUCAGAAGACUAGUGCUCAGCCUUUCGACCUGGAGAUCUUCCAUCCCAGCAGACAACCUCAUGCCUCCAAUCCCUGUGAAGGCAACGGCGGACGGGGACCGUGCACACACUUGUGCCUGAUCAAUUACAACUGCACUGCGGCCUGCGCUUGCCCACAUCUCAUGAAGCUGGCUCCUGACAACAGAUCCUGCUUUGCCCUGAAGAAAUUCCUCUUGUAUGCUAGACGUUCAGAAAUCCGUGGAGUUGAUAUAGAUAAUCCAUAUCUGAACAUUAUAACAGCCUUCACUGUUCCUGAUAUUGAUGAUGUGACUGUUGUGGAUUAUGAUGCUUUUGAGGAGAGGAUUUAUUGGGCUGAUGUGAAAACCCAAACAAUCAAGCGAGCUUUUGUCAAUGGAACUGGGUUAGAGACAAUCAUGUCCGGAGACAUGUUAAACGUCCGUGGGCUUGCUAUAGACUGGCUGUCAAGAAACAUGUACUGGAUAAGUUCCGAGAAUGACGAGACACAGAUCAGUGUUGCUCGCUUGGAUGGAUCCCUCAAGACGUCUGUCAUCCAUGGGAUUGAUAAACCCAAGUGUCUCGUGCUGCAUCCUUCAAAGGGGAAGCUCUACUGGACUGAUGGAAACACAAUUAACAUGGCAAAUAUGGAUGGCAGUAACAGUAAGAUCUUGCACCAGAACCAGAGAGAACCUGUCGGUCUGUCAAUAGACUACGCUACAAACAAGCUUUACUGGAUCAGUUCAGGAAAUGGAACCAUUAACAGAUGUAACCUAGAUGGCAGUAAUCUAGAAGUUAUAGAGUCCAUGAAGAAAGAAUUGAUAAAAGCUACAGCUUUGGCUGUUAUGGGUGGGAAACUGUGGUGGGCGGAUGAAAGCACAGCCCGGCUUGGCACUGUCAACAAGAGAGAUGGGAGAAACCCAGUGAUUCUGAGAAACAAGACCUCAGGCGUGGUUCACAUGAAACUAUAUGACAAGGAGGGACAGAAAGGACGAAACCCUUGUCAGCUAAACAACGGAGGCUGCUCCCAGCUCUGUUUGCCAACAUCUGAGAAUUCCAGAAGCUGCCUGUGUACUCUGGGCUAUAGCCUGAGAAGUGACCGCAUGUCUUGUGAAGGCCUUGGAUCCUUCCUGAUGUACUCAAUUCAUGAAGGAAUCAGAGGAAUCUCUUUGGACCCCGGUGACAGUACAGAAGCUCUUAUGCCGAUAACAGGAACCCUGUUUGCUGUGGGUGUGGACUUCCAUGCAGAAAAUGAUACCAUUUAUUGGACCGACAUGGGCUUAAAUAGAAUCAGCAGAGCCAGGAGGGACCAGACAUGGAAGGAAGACAUCAUCACGAAUGGGGUUGGAAGGGUCGAAGGCAUUGCAGUAGACUGGAUAGCUGGUAACAUUUAUUGGACUGACCACGGCUUUAAUCUCAUUGAGGUUUCAAGACUCAAUGGUUUGUACCGAUUCGUGGUCAUUUCUGAAGGACUUGAUCAACCAAGAGCCAUUGCAGUGCAUCCAGAGAAAGGAUACCUGUUCUGGACAGAAUGGGGACAGACCCCUUGCAUCGGACGAGCACGUUUAGAUGGUUCAGAGCAAAUUGCUCUUAUUAGCUCAGGAAUCACCUGGCCUAACGGAAUCUCCAUUGACUACAAGGAAAAUAAAUUAUACUGGUGUGAUGCCCGUACAGACAAGAUAGAGAGAAUCAACCUUGAGAGUGGAGAGAGCCGAGAGAUUGUGCUGUCAGGGAGCAAUGUGGAUAUGUUUUCAGUGGCAGUCUAUGGGGCUUACAUCUACUGGUCUGACAGAGCACAUGCCAACGGCUCCAUCAGAAGAGGCUUCAAGAAUGAUGCUACUGAUGCCCUGACUAUGAGGAGUGGCCUCGGGAUCAACCUGAAAGAUGUGAAAGUCUUCAACAGAGCCAGGGAGAAAGGUACAAAUCCCUGUGCCAGGAAUAAUGGUGGAUGUCAGCAGCUUUGCUUCUAUCAAGGAAAUGGGCGGAGGACAUGUGCCUGUGCUCACGGGUAUCUCUCUGAAGGAGGAUUCAGUUGUCAGAAGUAUGAUGGCUACCUGCUCUACUCAGAGAGAACCAUACUGAAGAGCAUUCACCUUUCAGAUGAGAGCAAUUUAAACUCCCCAAUAAAGCCUUAUGAGAAUCUGGCCUAUUUCAAGAAUGUGAUAGCUCUUGCCUUUGAUUACCAGCAGAGGGUAAAAGGAACUAAUCGCAUCUUCUUCAGUGAUGUCCAUUUUGGGAAUAUUCAAGUUAUUAAUGAUGACUGGACUGGAAGAGAGAUCAUUGUUGAAAACGUGGGAUCUGUGGAAGGCCUGGCCUAUCACAGGGCUUGGGAUACCCUGUACUGGACCAGCUCCACAACCUCUACUAUCAGCAGACACACCAUUGACCAGAGCAGGGCUGGAGCUUUUUACAAAGAGGCUGUUGUCACGAUGUCAGAAGAGGACCAUCCACAUGUCCUUGCUUUGGAUGAGUGCCAGAACCUGAUGUUCUGGACUAACUGGAAUGAGCAGCACCCAAGCAUCAUAAGAUCCACGUUAUCUGGAAACAACAUGCAGGUCAUCGUUAGCACGGACAUCCUGACUCCCAACGGACUCACAAUUGACCACAAAGCAGAGAAGCUGUACUUCUCUGAUGGAAGUCUGGGAAAAAUUGAAAGGUGUGAAUAUGAUGGAUCACAAAGAUAUGUCAUUGUGAAGUCAGGGCCAGGAACCUUUUUUGGCCUGGCUAUUUAUGGCGACUUCAUCUUUUGGUCAGAUUGGGUGCGGAGAGCUGUUCUACGCUCCAAUAAGUACACAGGAGGUGAAAUGAAGGUACUUCGAGCAGAUAUACCCCACCAGCCAAUGGGAAUUGUAGCUGUGGCCAAUGAUACGAAAACAUGUGAGUUGUCUCCAUGUCGAGUGAUGAAUGGAGGGUGUGAGGACCUUUGCAUUUUAACUCCAGAUGGCAGGGUGAACUGCACCUGUAGGGGAGAACGAGUAUUAUUAGAUGGUGGCAGAUGUGUGUCUAAAAACUCAUCAUGCAACAUCCACAUGGAGUUUGAAUGUGGGAAUGGUGAAUGUAUUGACUACCAGCUAACGUGUGAUGGAAUAGCUCAUUGUAAAGACAAGUCAGAUGAGAAGCUGCAAUACUGUGACAACAGGAACUGUAGAAAAGGUUUUAAAAAAUGUUACAAUCAACGAUGUGUGGCAAAUAGCCAAUUUUGUGAUGGUGUGGACGACUGUGGAGACAACUCUGAUGAAGCCUACUGUAAUAACUCCACCUGUUCUUCCUCGGAAUUCCGCUGUCGCGACGGGAGCUGCAUUCCAAGCUCAGCCUGGUGUAACCACAUGAUCGACUGUGCCGAUGCUUCUGAUGAGCGCUAUUGCAAUAACACAGACUGUUUGGAUUACUACAGAAUCGGGGUCAAAGCUACAGGCUUCAUAAGCUGCAACUCCACAUCCCUCUGUAUUCUUCCAUCAUGGGUCUGUGAUGGAUCGAACGACUGUGGAGAUUAUGCAGAUGAAACCAACUGUCAGGUCCACCUGGGACACAGAUGUGAAGAUGGAUAUUUUGCUUGCCCCAGUGGAAACUGUAUCUCCAGUGUUUGGCUGUGCGAUGGGCAGAAGGACUGUGAGGAUGGAGCUGAUGAAUACCAGUGUGAUUCUUCCUGUCUCUGGAAUCAGUUUGCUUGCUCGAAGAACAAGUGCAUUGCCACGCAGUGGCUCUGUGAUGGGGAAGAUGAUUGUGAUGAUGGCUUGGAUGAAAGUGAUGAAUUCUGUGGAUCUGUGACCUGUGCUCCUGGUAUGUUCAGCUGUCCUGGCUCCCACGCCUGCGUGCCCAAGGACUGGCUUUGUGAUGGGGAGAGAGACUGCCCAGAUGGGAGUGAUGAGCUCUCUGCUGCUGGCUGCAAGCCAAACAACACUUGUGAUGAAAGUACUUUUCUCUGUCACAACAAUGGCUGCAUCCCCAAGCAGUUUGUAUGUGACCAUGAUAAUGACUGCGGAGAUGGAUCUGACGAGUCUUCUGAGUGUGUGUACCGCUCGUGUGGUCCUGGAGAGUUUCGCUGCGCAGAUGGCAGAUGUCUUUUAAGCGUGCAGUGGGAAUGUGAUGGAUAUUCAGACUGUCCUGACCAUUCUGAUGAAUUGCCUCUAAACCCUAAGUGCUCUGCUGCAGAAAGUUUGUGCAAUGGGUCAUUUUUCAUGUGUGCAAAUGGCCGGUGCAUUCCUAUCGGAAGCCUAUGUGACAAGAAGGAUGAUUGUGGCGACGGUUCAGAUGAAAGAAACUGCAACGUGAAUGAGUGUUUAAACAGAAGAGUCAGUGGAUGUACACAAGAAUGCCAGGAUCUUGCAGUGGGGUACAAGUGUAAGUGUUGGCCUGGAUUCCGACUGAAAGAUGAUGGAAAAACAUGCAUUGAUAUUGACGAAUGUUUGACUGGAUUCCCCUGCAGUCAGCAGUGCAUUAACAUGUAUGGAUCCUACAAGUGUUUGUGUGCAGAUGGAUAUGAAGCACCAGCUAGUAAUCCGAACAGCUGCAAGUCUCUCUCAGGUGAAAAACCCUUUCUAAUUCUUGCGGACCAUCAUGAAAUAAGGAAAAUAGAUGUUGAUGGAUCUAAUUACACACUUCUGAAACAGGGGCUCAACAAUGUCAUUGCAAUAGACUUUGACUACAGAAAGGAGUUUAUAUAUUGGAUUGACUCAAGCAGACCUAACGGGAGACGAAUAAACAGAAUGCGCCUGAAUGGAAGUGAUCUUAAGGUAGUUCAUCGCUCAGCAGUCCCAAGUGCUUUGGCAGUUGACUGGAUUGGGAAAAACCUAUAUUGGAGUGACACAGAGAAAAAGACAUUGGAGGUCUCUAAAGUCAAUGGAUUGUAUCCUACAAUCCUCGUGAGCUCUGGUCUAAAGAACCCAAAAGAUUUGGCUUUGGAUACUCAGUCAGGGUAUGUGUUCUGGAUUGACUGUUGUGAAUACCCUCACAUCGGGCGCAUAGGUAUGGAUGGUACCAAUCAGAAUGUGAUAAUUGACACAGAAGUCUCAAGGCCAGCAGCUUUAAUGAUUGACUAUGUCAACAAAAGGCUGUACUGGGCAGAUGACAAUCAUGUCUUGUUUUCUAACUUGGAUGGAUCCAAACGGUACAAGGUUCCUAAUCAAGACAUUCAAGGGGUGAUGGGGCUAACACUGUUUGAAGACUACGUCUAUUGGACAGAUGGGAAAUCCAAAUCUCUCCACCGAGCGCACAAGACCUCGGGAGCGGAGAGCAUAUCGCUGCUGAGCUCUUGGCAAGCUAUAACAGACAUACAGGUGUACCAUCCCUUCAGGCAGCCUGAUGUGCCUAAACACCCGUGUCAAGUAACAAAUGGAGGAUGCAGUCACUUGUGUUUGCUGUCUCCCAGCGGAGGUUAUAAAUGUGCCUGUCCCACAAAUUUCUAUCUUGCUGCUGAUAACAGGACCUGCUUAUCCAACUGUACAGCCAGUCAGUUUCGUUGUGGGACUGAUGAAUGCAUUCCCUUUUGGUGGAAGUGCGAUACAGUGGAUGACUGUGGCGAUGGGUCAGAUGAGCCAGAGGACUGUCCUGAAUUUAUAUGUCAGCCUGGGCGCUUCCAGUGUGGAACUGGGCUCUGUGCCCUUCCUCCUUUUAUAUGUGACGGAGAGAAUGACUGUGGGGAUAAUUCUGAUGAAGCCAAUUGUGAUACUUACAUGUGUCUCUCGGGUCAGUUUAAAUGUACACAGAAACAGAAGUGCAUCCCCUUAAAUCUACGAUGCAAUGGACAGGAUGACUGUGGAGAUGGGGAGGAUGAAACAGAUUGUCCGGAAAACACUUGUUCGCCUGAGCAGUUUCAGUGCAAGACCACAAAGCACUGCAUCUCCAGGCUGUGGGUCUGCGACGAGGAUCCUGAUUGUGCUGAUGGCUCCGAUGAGGCCAGUUGUGAUGAGAAGACGUGCGGACCUCAUGAAUUCUGUUGUAAGAAUAACAACUGCAUCCCAGACCACUGGAGGUGUGAUGGUCAGAUAGACUGUGGAGACGGUUCAGAUGAAGAGAACUGCGAACCUCCGACUUGCAAUUCGAAAGACUUUGUCUGUGCGAAUGGGGAAUGUGUUUCGGCACGAUUCCGGUGUGAUGGGGAUCACGACUGUGCUGAUAGUUCUGAUGAGAAAGAUUGUGAAACACGUUGCUCGAAGGAUCAGUUCCAGUGCUUAAAUAACUUGUGCAUUUCGCUAAAAUGGCUCUGUGAUGGUCAGGAGGACUGCAAGCUUGGGGAAGACGAAGACAACUGCGACCAAGUGGUCCCGUCUUGCUCCUCGAGCGAGUAUGUCUGUGCGAGUGGGGGCUGUGUGUCCGCCAGCCUGAAGUGCAAUGGCGAGAACGACUGCACUGACGCCUCAGACGAGGGUGACUGUGUGAGAGAAUGCAGAGAGGACGAGUUCCUCUGCCAGAACAGAGCUCACUGUAUCCCUUCCAGAUGGCGAUGUGAUGAUGUGUAUGACUGUGUGGAUCGCAGUGACGAGGAGAACUGCGACCACGGGUCAUACAGAUGCCGUGCCGAUGAGUUUGUCUGCAACAACACCUUGUGUAAACUGCUAGUCUGGGUGUGUGAUGGUGAGGAUGACUGUGGAGACAAUUCAGAUGAGGAUCCCGAAAUGUGUGCCAAGCUGCCGUGCCCGGCCUCUCGGCCGCUCAGGUGCGGGAACGGCAGGACCUGCCUGCGGCGGGAGCAGGUGUGCGACGGUGCGGACGACUGCGGGGACGGCUCGGACGAGCGGCGCUGCGAGAACACGAUGGAGAAGCACAGGCCCUGUGGGAAGUCUGAGUUCACCUGCAGUAAUAAGCACUGCGUCCCUGCUGAGCUGCAGUGUGAUCUCUUUGAUGAUUGUGGGGACGGAGGCUCAGAUGAGCUUGAUUGCAAGACUGCUCCCAUUAAUAAUAUGUGUGAAGGAAAAAUUAAUCCGUGCGGCGAAGAUGCAGUCUGCAAUCAAACCAUGACAGCUGCCGUUUGUCAGUGCAAACAAGGCUUUGAGAGAAACCAAAAGAAUAAGCAGUGUGAAGAAGUCAAUGAGUGUCUCCUCUUUGGUUCCUGUUCUCAAUACUGCACGAACACUAAAGGUUCCUUCAAAUGUACAUGUGACAGAAAUUUUAAAGAAAUCAAUGGCAGCUGUUUAGUAAAAGGACCAGAAGAUCAAGUGCUCUACAUUGCUAAUGACACUGAAAUCCGAGGUUUUGUGUAUCCAUUUAACCAGAGCCAUGGACACAAACAACUAGCUCGCAUUGAGGACAAUGCCCGAGUCAUUGGGAUGGAUGCUCUUUAUCAAGGACACAAGAUUAUCUGGGGUACCCAGUUUAAUCCAGGUGGAAUUUUUUACAAAGACACCCUAGGCAGAAGUGAAUCUAAAACAAAUAGUGGAUUGAUAUGUCCAGAUUUCCGAAGGCCAAGGGAUGUCUCCUGUGACUGGGUAACUGGGAAUGUCUAUUGGACAGAUCACUCCAGAAUGCACUGGUUCAGCUACUACACAACUCACUGGACUAGGCUGCGAUACUCUGUUAAUGUAGGACAACUCGAUGGAACAAACUGCACACGGCUCAUAACAGAUAUAGCAGGGGAGCCUUAUGCCAUUGCAGUGAACCCACUUCGCGGCAUGAUGUACUGGACAGUGAUUGGUGACCGUUCUCAUAUAGAGGAAGCUGCAAUGGAUGGAACGAUGAGGAGAGUCUUGUUGGAGAAGAAUCUGAGAAGGCCUACAGGUCUUGCUAUUGAUUAUUUCAACCAACGCCUGUAUUGGGCUGACGCAGAGCUCUCUGUGAUAGGAAGCAUACGUUUUGAUGGAUCUGAUUCCCUGCUUGUCAUUGGCAUCACACAUGGUAUUUUGCAGCCUCAUAGAAUUGAUAUAUUUGAAGAUUAUAUUUAUGGAGCAGGACUGAAAAACAAUGUUUUUAAAGUUCAUAAGUAUGGACACACUCCAGUGGAACACCUUGAUCUAGGAGUAGAGAAAGCCACAAGUGUGCUGAUUUCUCACCGCUACAAACAGCAAGAUGUAAGUAACCCAUGCCUGAAGAGGAGCUGUGAGUUUCUGUGCUUGCUCAACCCCACUGGAGCCAGUUGCUUGUGCCCAGAGGGGAAAUUUUUAAUCAAUGGAUCUUGUGGCGAUAUAAAUAUUUCAGGAGAGCUGUGUAGACCUGCUUGUGAGAAUGGAGGUCGAUGUAUAAUCAAUGAAAAGGGGGAAAUGCGAUGUUACUGUUGGCCAAAUUUCUCUGGAGAGAGAUGUGAAAUCAAUCAUUGCAAAGACUACUGUCAGAAUGGAGGAACAUGUAUGGGGUCUCCUUUAGGGAAGCCAACCUGCCGGUGUGCUCUGGGCUUCACGGGGCCGCGCUGUGAGAGACGAGUCUGUGAUAAGUACUGUGUGAACGGCGGCACUUGCGUUGUAAGUGCAGGGAACCAGCCAGUGUGCCGGUGCCCCCCGGAGUACACCGGAGAUCGCUGCACGUAUCAUAUUUGCCACCACUACUGUGUGAAUUCCCAUGCCUGUACAAUAUCAAGCUCCGGGCUGGUGGAGUGCGUGUGUCCACCUCGUUACGAAGGGUCAAAGUGUGAGCUGGACAAGUGCCUGAGGUGCCAGGGGGGGCAGUGUUUAAUUGACCACAGCACUGGAGAUGUGGCUUGCAACUGCACCACUGGGAGAAUUGCAUCUAGCUGCCAGUUGUGUGAUGGGUACUGUUACAAUGGCGGCACCUGCCAGUUGGAUUCAGAAACUAACAUGCCUUUUUGUCACUGCACAGCAGGGUUCAAAAGUCAGCGCUGUGAUGAGAAAGUGAACCCUUGUGAUUACUACUGUCAGAAUGAGGGGAUUUGCACAUUAACUGCGUUUAACGAACCCAGAUGCAAGUGUUCAGCCAACUGGUCAGGCACACAAUGUGAGAGGCCAGCUCCCAAAAGCAGCCGGUCUGACAAUGCCAGUGGGAGAAGUAUAGCCAUCAUUGUGCCUCUCAUCCUUCUGGUUAUACUAAUAACCACAGUUGUAGCCGGUGUUCUCAUUUGCAAAAGAAGGCAACGGGGGAAAAGAGUUCAGAGGCAGCCCAUGUCAAAUGGUGGGAUUAACGUUGAGAUCGGAAACCCAUCUUACAACUUGUAUGAAGUGGAUCAUGAAAAUCACGAAGAUGCUGGUGGUCUCCUGCGUCCAAACUUCACGCUCGACCCUCACAAGGGCUGGUGUGUGAGGUCCAGUCCCAGAAGCCUUCCUGUCCACACUGUCCCGAAGGAGAUAAUCCCCGGACAGCCUACGAACUACUCCAACCCAAUGUACUCAAAUCUGUACCUUGAUGGGCCAAACUGUCGGAAACCAGUGCUCAGCAUCGACGAGAGAAGAGAGCUCCUCCCAAAGAAGCUAGAGGGCGCUAUACGGGAAACAGCGGCAUAGCCUGAUCUCACCCUCCUUCUUUUAUACAAUCUGUAGAAAUGUAAAAAAAAACUAAAAGAGGAAAAAAAACUUUUCUAUGUUCUUAUCAGGUUCUGAUAAUCUUUUCUGUUUUUUUUUUCCAUCAGCAUUACCCCUUUGUUUCAUUUUCGUGCUGAAAACUAUUGAAUUAACCAUUUGUACGUUUUUUAUGAAUAAUAUCAAACUGCACUAUAUAAUAUAAGACAAAGCUGCUGAUUUGCAAACACCAUUAACACAAUUAAUUGAUGAUCCGUCAGGAUGGUGUAAUAUAUAUAUUAUUUUGAAAUAUAUGUUGCUUUUUCAGUAUAUCAAUACCAAGCCAUGUCUUAAAUGUAGAAAGACAUGCUUUUUAUUUAGCCUAAGCAUAAUAUGUUCAUCAGGAGUUUCCUUUUAGUUUAUACUUUUCUACAUUAUGUGCAUUUUGGUUGCCUUUGUCACUUUGUUUCUUCACUUCCAGCAAAGAUAAACUUUAUGAUGGAAUUUUGCUUUUUGGAGUUUUGUCUCUCUGUGAUGUUAUGGCAAUCACCACUCAAAUAAUGUAUACGGUUUCCUGAUUGUGUUUUCUUCUAUUGUUUGUUUGUAACUACAUUUUUAUUUUUCAGAAAAUAUAACUUUUAUGAAAACAUAAUACUAUCCAGGUUUGUGGCAGCUUUUUUCCCCUCUUUAUUUAUGAAAACUACAGUAAAUAUCAGAUUGUUCAUGUGUAUACAUUCUUAUUAAUACUUCCUUUCAGAUACAUUACAUAUUUUUUAAUAUAUACAGUAUAUCCAUAUCAAUGCCUUUUUAAUUUAAUUCUGGUGUCAUUAAUCAAUACUUGGAUUUCAAAACACUUUUGUUAUCUGAAUAUCAUACAGCUGCCCCUCACACAAUUUAUAAAACUAUACUGUGAAGUUUACAAACAUGAGGGAUGCUUUGGAGUGAUAAAAUCCCUUGUAAAUUUUUCAGACAGACUAUUGGAUAGCCAGCCCCAGUAUAACUCCUUAUUUCUAGCAAAAUUGUUACAAGGCUAAGCAAACUGGGGGAGAGAGAAGAAAAUAAUCUUUAUUAACAUGUUAGUUUCAUAAGCAUACAUGCUUUUCUAAAAGGCUGCAAUGGCAAUGAACUAUUCUCUGAUAUUUGGAUCAUUUAGAUAGAUUCGAUUACAGACUGUACAUAAAUGGAUACAUUUAAACUACAGAAAGGUUUAACAGGAUGUCUAGUAAAUCUAAAUUUAGGAUGUUUUGCUAGUUUAUUGAAAGACCACAAAUCCAGGUGUUGCUAUUGGAUACAAAGGAGCUUGGAUCACUUGUAAGUCUUAUCCAGAAAGGCAUUCCAAUUGUAUUUGAUCUGCAGUAACUGCUGUUUUACCUACAUACUGUGCACCUAUAUAUAGGCCACACACAGAAACUACUUUUUAAAAUGACCUUGUUUUGUUUAGAUUGCUAAUUAUGAUUUUUGUGUCCCUGUAUGCUUUAGGGACCCAUGUAUGAACUGUAAGCAAGUAGCAGGCCAAAUUUAAACCUUUGUAACUUCUUUUUUAUAGAACCUACAGAGUACAAAACAUAAUUGUCUGAUUAUAAUGCCAUUCUGCAAAUGUACUAAAUAUUACAAUGUGGGAUUUACAUA